AUGAGCAUAAAACUCCGAAGAAAUUUACGGCAGUGGGCAUUAAAAAAUAAUAUUAGUCACUCUGCCCUUAACGACUUAUUACAAGCAUUAUCACUUUGUGGUAUUCGAGAUUUGCCCAAUGAUGAUAGGUCACUAGUAAAGACUCCUCGAAAUAUACCUUCAGUAGAAACGAUGGGAAGAGGGCAAUAUUGGCAUAACGGACUUGGCAACUGUUUGAAAGAAAUGCUCAUAGAUCUAAAUCAGCCCUGUGUAGUAAAGCUCAAUUUUCAUGUCGAUGGACUACCAAUAAAUAAGAGCUCUAAACAUCAGUUUUGGCCAAUUUUGACUAAUAUUGCCAAUAUGCCUCAUAUCUGGCCACUUCCUAUAGCAAUAUUUUAUGGAGAGGCAAAACCACCUAGUGCAGAUAUUUUUCUAAAAAAGUUCGCGAAGGAAUUGCUUGCAAUAAUGAAUCAUGGUUUAAUUAUAAAUGAGGGUUUUGUCCAAGUGAAAAUUAAUGAGUUUAUCUGUGACAGACCUGCCAAAAGCUUUAUUAAAUGUGUAGUUUCUUUUAAUGCCUACGAUGGCUGCAUAAAAUGUACAGUAAGAGGAGAAUUCUUCAAAACAGAGAGACAUAUGAGCUUUCCACAACUUGACUGUCCAAAAAGAACAGAUUCGGAAUUUAGGAGGAAAAUUCAUUCAGAUCAUCAAAUGAAAGACAUAGACGGAGCAUUUCAAAUUAGCCCCUUAGAAGAGUUGCCAAUUGAAAUUAUCAAGGACAUUGUGGUUGCGGAUUCAUUACAUCUUUUAGAUCUUAGAGUCAUGAAAAAAUGUCUCACAAUAUGGGUAAAUGGAAGUAAAACUUUUAAAAUGAAGUUUUUUUCCAAUCAGAUUAGUAUAAUUUCUAGCUGGCUUCUUAGUUGCAAUAAUUGUCUUCCUAAAGAAAUUCAUCGUUCAGUAAGACAGCUUGAUUGUUUAUCAUUCUGGAAAGCGACAGAGUUCAGAACAUUUCUACUUUAUCUAGGCCCUCUUAUAUUAAGAGACCACUUACCACGAGAAAUAUAUAGGCAUCAUUUGCUUUUGUUUUGUGCUGUAACGUUAUGUUCAACUGAUUAUUAUUCUGACAAAUUAGAUCUUGCCGAAAAGUUGUUUAGGGAUUACAUUGAAGGCUUUAUAUCUAUAUAUGGAAUGGAUUCUAUUUCAAGCAAUAUUCAUAACUUGAACCAUGUAGUGGAUGACGUUAAAAGAUUUGGUUCCUUGUGCCUAUAG